AACUAUGGUUUCAUGACGGAGGCCCGAAGGUUGGCGUAUCGUUGGUGUUACACCAUCACGAAAUCCUUUGUUGAUUUUAAUGGUGUUGUUCCCGAGAAGUACGAUGUAGUGACGUUAAAUCAUCAGGUCCAAGUGGAAUACGGAAACGUCGGUAUAGAUUUUAAAUUCGUUCCACGAGAAGGUUUCGGUUGGAUGAAUGCCUCUUACGAAGUCGGUCUAUCCUAUCUAACAACCCACAUGAGGAGAGCGUUGGGGGCUUGCACAAGUCCCGAGGUUUUCUUCUCCAGGAAUAAAGCGAGCAGAGAGGUUAUAAUAGACGAAUCACGUGCGACCAUUGCUCGUACCGAGACCGGUGAGAUACAGGAACAACAUCAGGUAAACGCGGUAGUUGUUGAAAGCGUCAGCAUUGUGGAUCAAAGUACUUCGCUGGACCCUGAGCAAAGUGACGAGCAAGGCAUAGUCUUUACGGAAGUAGACAUAGUGAUGGAAAACUAA